CAACGCCACUGCACAGCCUGCUCAGUGCCAUGCCUGAGCUGAUGAGGUGAGGCUGGUUCAAACCUGUGAGUAAGGUUUAGAAGGCGCAGAGGCGACAUGGAGCGAGAUAAUAGCUCUCUGGACAACUUCACCGGCAACUACACAGAGACACCUGACAGCAUUACACCUCCACCCUGGAGCGAGGCCACGCUGCUCAGCCUCCAGAUCUCAUUGUCUGCCCUAUUGGCUGUCAUCACCUUGGCUACCGUGCUCUCCAACGCCUUCGUCAUCGCAACCAUCUUUUUAACCAGGAAGCUCCACACGCCGGCCAACUUCCUGAUCGGCUCCCUCGCCGUCACCGACCUGCUGGUGUCUAUUUUAGUCAUGCCGAUCAGCAUCGUCUACACUGUCAGCAAGACCUGGUCGCUGGGGCAGAUUGUCUGUGACAUCUGGCUUUCUUCUGACAUCACUUUCUGCACGGCCUCCAUCUUGCACCUGUGCGUGAUCGCGUUGGACCGCUACUGGGCCAUCACAGAUGCGCUGGAGUACACAAAGCGCCGCACCAUGCGCCGGGCGGCGAUCAUGGUUGGGGUGAUGUGGGUGAUCUCCGUCUCCAUUUCCAUGCCGCCGCUCUUCUGGCGUCAGGCCAAAGCCCACGAGGAGCCGAAGGAGUGCGCGGUGAACACGGAUCAGAUCUCCUACACCCUAUACUCCACCUUCGGCGCCUUCUACGUUCCCACAGUGCUUCUCAUCAUCCUCUACGGACAGAUCUAUGUUGCCGCCCGCACCCGCAUCUUCAAGACGCCAUCGUCCUCGGGAAAACGUUUCACCACGGCGCAGCUCAUUCAGACCUCUGCAGCCUCCUCUCUCUGUUCUCUUAAUUCCUCCUCCAACCAGGAAGCACACCGACACUCCCUCAAUGUGGGAGGUGGGGGAGGUGGAGGAUCACCUCUGUUCAUGAAUAGUGUGAAAGUGAAGCUGGCAGACAGCGUGUUGGAGAGGAACCGUUUGUGCGCGGCUCGGGAGAGGAAAGCGACCAAGACACUGGGCAUCAUCCUGGGCGCUUUCAUCGUCUGUUGGCUCCCGUUCUUUGUGGGCACACUCGUCAUGGCCAUAUGUAAAGAGUGCUGGUUUGAUCCAGCGCUUUUUGAUAUAUUUACCUGGCUAGGAUACCUGAACUCUCUCAUCAAUCCAGUUAUCUACACCUCAUUCAACGAUGAAUUCAAACAAGCUUUCCAAAAACUCAUGAAAUUCAGACGGUUCUCCUGAAAAAUAACAACAAUGAUAAAAUCUCUCUUGGAAAACAGGGAGUGAAAAAGAGCAAACUGGAUGCAGACUAAAUAAUAAUGAUAAUAGAAAUACUGACACUUAAAUGUCCCAUCUUGUGAACUCAUGCUAAUUGUGAUAUAUUUUUGUUUUUAUAGCAAACAGCUUUGUGCCAUAGCUCUUUAGAUAGCAUAUCCGUCAUAUAAACGUAGGCUCUGCAUGCUAAAAAAGACAAACUUUUGAGCUCAUGAAUUUUGGAACUCAUGUUAAAAAGAUAAAGAAAGAAUAUUUUAAGUAGAUUUCAUGUCACAGGGAGACAAAAGCAGAUGUCACAGUUAGAAAGAGCAAACUAAGAGAGACUGGGUUUUAAUCCAGCGCAAAUGAAAAGCCAUGAAAUAUAUGUUGUCUUAAUCUUUGUGUCAUUCUAUAUGCUGCUGUUUCAUAUUAUGUGUCUGUGGUACAGUAAAGUAAGUGGCUAAUGUCAUUGUUUUUAAUAGUGUCUUCAUAAAGCUGCUGUUUUUACGGGAGACAAUGAUGGAAA